UCGUCCCUGAGAUUCUCAUCAUAAACACACACUCAUUCUCACCUUCCUCUGCUCGGCUUCUUCACUUCUCUCUCUCUAAUUAUUCAAGAAGAGAAGAGAAAAAGCCAGCAGGAUUCCUAGCCCUUUCUCCUUGAGACCUCCAUUUGAUCGAAAUAUACGAAGUGAAGCUCUGUCAAAUUGCAAAAACAUGCAGGUAAGCUCUCGCCCUCAGAAAGCGGUGUUGAAGCUGGAUAUGUACGACGACAAGGACAAGAAGAAGGCCAUGAAGAUAGUCUCUGGAUUUGCAGAGUGUGAAUUUCGCUGCAUCCGUGCAGGGGUCGAUUCGAUUGACAUAAACACGAAGGACCAGAAGCUGACGGUGACCGGAGCUAUAGAUCCGGUGAAGCUCGUGGGGAAGCUGAGGAAGACGUUUAGCACGGAGAUAAUCUCGGUCGGACCGGCCAAAGAGGCUCAGAAGAAGGACGAGAACAAGAAAGACGAUCAGGACAAGAAGAAGGACGAUAACAAGGGCAACAAGGCAGAUCCGGCCAAAGUCCACCCGUUUCCAUACCUCUAUUAUCAACCUCCUCCUCCUCCACCACUCCCGUACUACUACGGAAGACACGUGAGCGUAGAAGAGGAUCCAAAUGGCUGCGUCAUCUGCUGAUUCGAUGUUUCGUUCGGAUCUUCUGCAUAGAAUAUGUAGAUUUGCCAAAAGACAAGAUCUUGAAAUCUGGGUCAAUUCGUCUGAUAACUAAUCUUUCCCGCUUCGGCUGAAAAUGACUUGGACAUAAGUAUGUGAAAUUCUGGGGUUGAUCCUUCUUCUUCUAUGUUUAAUUGAGGAUUUUGAGUGUGCUCUGAUUUUGCUCCCCGAGGGAUAUGCUUUUCUCGA